AUGGAUUACAGUAGGAGGGAUGGAAAUGUUGUCCAUGUAAUUCAAACCGUCCCGGAGUAUUGGAUUCCGAAACCUUCCGAUUCCAAUCCCGUCCCGGUCUGGGCAACUGAGGACGAAUACCGCGCCUGGGAUCAUCUGUCCGCCGACGGCGGCGAGCCUCCGAGCAAGAAGACGAAAGGAACUUCGUCAAAUUCAUCGAGUUCCUAG